GUGAUUGCAUACCAUGCGUGCUGCAUCCCGCCGCGCGCCAGCGGCACAGCGAUCGGCGCACGUGCACGCGCCGCGUACGUUCUAUAUUGGCAUGUAAUCCACGCGCUUGUGAGGUGUAUCCCGGCCUCCGGGCGGGAUCGCCCGCGCAACACAUUUUGGAUUUUGAACUCAAUUCACUCAGUUGUGGCAACUCGAGCUGCUCGUACGCAUGCGAUAGUGUCGUGCGGUGCGUGUGUACUGCUUACGAACGUGAGAUCGAAACUUUUGACGUUCAACGUUAAACAAUUUAUCGUUGUUGAAGAAUUUUGUGAGUGAAAUUGCUCGGGAUAGGAGACACCUUUCUGAAAAUAAAUGUGUAGCAGGGCCCGCUCGGUCCUCGCGGCCGCUGCAGCUGGUUGACUGACUGGCUCCGAGCCCGCGCACCAGCCCGCCGCACCAGCUCUCGUCAUGGGCGUAUACGACGCCCUGCUGCUCAUAGCGGCUCUACCCGCACUCGCUGGUCCCGGAUGGUGCUCGGUGGAGGUGGUGACGGUGGCGGAGCGCGCUGGCGGGCGAGAGUUUCGCCCGCAGUUCACGGGGCAGAGCGCGGCGGUGGUGGCGGCCGUGGGCCAGAACGCCUCUCUCGUCUGCGAAAUAUACCACCUGGGCAAUAAAUCGGUAUCGUGGGUGCGAUCCCGCGACUUGCAGAUCCUGAGUCACGCGGGCGUGGUAUUUACGGCGGACAGCCGCGUGUCGGCGUCGGUGGCUGGCGACCGGGCCACCAGCCGCCACCUGCUGCACGUCGCGCGCUUGCGCACCGGCGACUCCGGCCGCUACGAGUGCCAGAUCAACACGGACCCCAAGAUGAGCAUGUUCUUUAACCUCACCGUGUUGGACGAGCCAGUGCCGCAGACGGUGGUGGAGCUGCAGGGCCCGGCCGAGGUGACGGCGGCGCUCGGCAGCACCGUGACGCUGCGCUGCGAAGCGCGCUACGAGCCGCCGCCGCGCCGCCUGCCGUUGCCCGCCCUCGACAUACACUGGUUCAAAGAUGACCAGCCCAUUAAUUUACAGAGCGCGGGCGGCGGCGGCGGGGUGCUGGUGGACACGCGGCGCGGCUCGGCGCGCGCGGAGUCGCGCCUGCAGCUGCGCGCGGCGGACGGCGCCGCCGGCCGCUACACCUGCCGCGCCGCCGGCCGGCGCGCCGCCGUCACGCUGCGCCACGCGCCGCACGCAGAGGGCGAGGUGGAGGCGAUGCAGCGCGACCAGGCGGCGGCGGCUACGCGCCUCGCGCUGCACGCCGCGCCACUGCUGCUCGCGAUUGCGCUGCGUCUCCUGCACACCUAGCAAGGACCGCGCACCACUACAUGUCUCUGUAUAUUUUGUAUUUUUGUACAUAUUGUAAAUAGCAGCUAUUUAUAGUACACUCGGUGUGCCUGAAAAUAUAGCACGACAGUGAUGGUUUAAUGUUGUUUCUGU